AUGCAUCCCAGCACCCUCCUCGGCCUCCUGGCCUUCGCCAGCGCAGCCCAAGCCAUCCCCGCAAACCCUCACCAAGCCCACUCCUCCUCCUCAAUCUCCAACCUCAAGUCCAAGAUCAAGAAUGUCGUCGUCCUCUGCAUGGAGAACCGCUCCCUCGACAACCUGCUCGGCGGACAGACUCACAAGGGCUUCGAGAACCCAAUCAACAAUGGCCCCUACUGUAACCCCUACAAUGUGACUGAUCCCUCCCAGGGCCAGCACUGCACCGAGGCCCGCGACUAUAACUCCGUGACCGAUGACCCCAGCCACGCCGUCACCGGAAAUACCAUGGAGUUCUAUAGCAACUGGUCGCCUGAUAACGCCCUGAUUGCCGAGGGCAAGCUUACGCCUAACAACAAUGGUUUCAUCCACGAGCAGAUCCAUAACUAUGGCUCCGAUGCGAACAAGACCGUCCUCGCGAAGCAGGUCAUGAACUACUACACCGAGGCCGAGGUCCCGGUCCUUACCUCCUUGGUGCAGAAUUUCCUCUCGUUCAACCACUGGCACUCUGAUGUCGCGGGUCCAACGGACCCUAACCGUUUCGCUCUCGUCGCCGGCACCUCAGCCGGCCACGGCAGCAACGACGACACAUUCGGCACAUACGCCUUCACCCAGCGCUCGAUCUUCCAGCAGCUCGGCGAAACAAACCACACCUGGCUGAACUACUGGGACACGGCCGGCGGCACGGGUCCCGAAGCGCAAUGGUUCGAGUGGACAAAGGAGUCCAACAACGAAGACAAGGUGGUCGCCAUGACGCAGUUCUACACCGACGCGCUGAACGGCUCACUCCCCGAAUUCUCCUACCUCAACCCGUCGUGCUGCGGCGUCGGCACAACCUCCAUGCACGACAGCGGCCUGAUCUCCGACGGCGAGGCUUUCAUCAAGCGUGUCUACGAUUCGCUGCGUGCGGGCCCGCAGUGGAACCAGACGCUGUUUGUCCUCACCUUUGACGAGACGGGUGGUUUCCAUGACCAUGUGCCGCCGCCGUUGGCGCCGCGGCCGGAUAAUCUUACUUACACUGAGAAGGCGCCUAAUGGGGAGGAAUAUACGUAUGAGUUUAAUCGGUUGGGAGGUCGGAUUCCGACUUUCUUGAUUUCGCCGUGGAUCUCCAAGGGCUUUGUGGAGCAGAAGGGGACGAAUAAUCAGGGUGAGACCGUGUCGUACUCUGCUACUUCGGUUUUGAGGACGUUGGGGUACUUGUGGGAUUUCGCGCCGUUUAAUCCCCGUGUUGAUGGGGCGGCGUCGUUUGAUCAUUUGAUUUUGAGCACUGAGCGCCAGGAUGUGCCCAGUGCUCUUCCUAGUGCUGUCACUUUUUAA